UUUUUAUUUACAUUUCGUGUUUUUUAUCGUUGUAUUUCUUUCGCAUUGCACGCUUGGGAUUACAUUGAAUGCUUUUUUUGCUGCGGCGAUUCGUUGAUUCAAGUGGUAGUUUUUUAUUAGAACCUCACUUCUUAUCGCCUACGUGCCCUAACGGGUGACGAGUUGGACUCCGGAAAAGAAUAGCUAACUUGACGAUUAAGAGCAUCGAACUAAACAAUAAGCCAACAUUUAGCAAAAUGAUGACUAGAAGGAAGUCUGUGCAUGAUUUGCAAGCCAUACAACAACACCAGAAAAAGGAAGAUGCUAAACAAAUGCUUACUCCGGACGGCAGAAAAACGCCUGGACCAAAAUCGUCGCAGCCGAGAAAAUCUCGAAUUAAUCAGCGGAGAAUUUCGGAGGCUGCACCGGGAAUGGUGCAAAAUGGACAACAGUUACACGGUGUUACGCAGAAUGGCAUGGAUGCCGAAGAUAUUCCAAAAUUCAAAGGCUAUCGUAUAAUCGAAAUUGAUCAUUUUCUCCAGUGGGCUGCGUAUUCUCAAUUCAUGCACUCUAAACAUUGUCCGGGUGGGCUGCUUAAGCCCUAUCAGGAGUACGUAAGCGGCUGCUACUCUACAUUUGCUAUGAAAUGCAGUAAAUGCUCAGCAAUUAUCACCCGUUCAUCGGAGAAUUACAUCCAUCACAAUAAAUUGAUGAACCGCUUGGUCAAAGGUACAGUGCAGAUGGGCAGGGAUUACGAGGAAAUGAGUACUUUUAUGGAAUCUUUGGAGAUCCCUUUCGUCACCAAUGAGGAAUUUGGCACGAUAAAGUCGCAGAUGCAGCUCAAUUCCUCGUUAGACGAUCAAUCAGCGCUGCAGAAAGCGGUAGAAGAACUGGAGCGAGCGUCAGCCUCUUCGAAACGAAAGCGCCACGGUAGCUGCAAAUAUCAUUAUGAAGUGCUUAAGGUAUAUUUGAACAAAAAAAUGCGAAAAAUAGAAGAAAAUUUGCAGCUCUCGGUGAAUGACUCUGUAGCUCUGGCAGUGAAUGCCCAUUUGAAAAAUGUUUCACACGUUCAGUUAGUUCCUACAAGCCCGAAUGCUCCGAUUGCUAAUGGUAAUAAUUGUAACGCAUCAUCGUCCAAUGUUCAAAAUAAUCGAAUCGGAACAGGUUUUGCCAAUGGAGCUCCUUCUACUCAAAGUAACCUUUUUAACCAACAUUAGAUGUUAUGACCAGCGUUCUUCCUGCGUAUGACAUGUAUUAUGUACAUAUCGUCUGUUGAAGCGUAUUCAUAGGUUAAAGUUCUCCACGCUCUGUUUAUUGCUGUGGUCUCGUCCGGCCAGUCUUUUGCAUAUGUGAGUGAUCAUACCGAAAUUGAUCUCUUGUUCAGUGAGCUUUUUUAACUAUGACGAAAUGUAUUCUUAAGUUUGCACCCGUACAAACUACAGCAACUUUAUACACAGACUUGCGGAGACAAAACAGUUAAACAUGGAUUUCUUCCCAUGCUUCCCCUCACAAUACCCUUAUGGUCGUUUGGUUGCACAGUUUGUGACAGUUCGUUUGGCUGCAAUUUUGACACUUCGCUACUCUGUGUAUAAAGUGUUUGUAGUUCAAACGAUACCUAUUAAACGUAGUGAAUAGUCGUGCAUACUUGUUUUGUUCAAAUUCUCAGGUCUUUAUUGCCCAAAUAAAUGUAUCGAUAGAUUUCAACUAAAACUAUUUUAGACUAAGACUACCUCGACCUGUUUUUUCCCACGCAUAUCAA